CCCUUCCAACCAUUGGUCUAUAAAUACACACAACCCCCAACCACUACCUCCACCGCCACUCCACGGCUGCAUAUCUAAGCUAACCUUCUGCAACCCUUUUGCAAAUUUGUAUCAAACAGUUCAGAUUUCAACCUUCAAUGGCGGAUGAGGUGGUUUUGUUGGAUUUCUGGCCCAGCCCGUUUGGGAUGAGGCUGAGGAUCGCUCUGGCUGAGAAGGGCAUCGAGUAUGAGUACAAAGAUGAGGACUUGAGGAACAAGAGCCCACUGUUGCUGCAGAUGAACCCGGUUCACAAGAAGAUCCCGGUUCUCAUUCACAAUGGAAAGCCCGUCUGUGAGUCCCUCAUUGCGCUUCAGUACAUUGAUGAGGUUUGGAAUGACAAGGCUCCACUCUUGCCCUCCGACUCUUACCUCAGAGCUCAGGCCAGGUUCUGGGCUGACUUCGUCGACAAGAAGAUAUAUGAUAUUGGGAGGAAGUUGUGGACAACCAAAGGAGAAGAAUAUGAUGCAGCAAAAAAAGACUUUCUCGACUGCAUCGGCGUGUUAGAAGGAGAGCUCGGAGACAAGCCCUUCUUUGGCGGGGAUACCCUCGGAUUUGUGGACGUCGCGCUAAUUCCGUUCUAUAGCUGGUUUCUUGUGUAUGAAAAAUUUGGCAACUUCAGUGUUGAGGCAGUGCACCCAAAGUUUAUUGUCUGGGUUAAGAGGUGCAUGGAGAAGGAGAGCGUGUCCAAGUCGCUUCCCGACCAGGAAAAGGUCUACGAUUUUGUCGCACUUAUGAGGAAAAAGUUUGGAAUUGAGUAGAUUUUGCUACCUCUUUUGGGUUGUUGAAUUAGAAUAAAAGGGCACUUGACCAAGCCUUGUACUGUAUGAGGCACUUUAUUGUGCCUCUGGUCGUUUAUUUUGCUUUUGUCAAGUUACCACACUUGUCAACUUGUUAUGUAAGGGAUCUAAAUCUACUUGAUCAAAUUUCUUAUUUUGUUACUACAUAUCGAAUGAUGGAUUAUUGGCUGUCA